AUGGUAGGCUGUGGAGGCAGAAGGCAACCGACGCCCUGGGAGCGGCAUGCCAAGUUUUUGCAGGAACGACACGUUGAAGAUGACCCCGAGGUUCCACAAUUGCGCUUCCCCAUGUACACAGUUCCUGCAGCAGCGAUACUGGAGAUGGUCGAAGUAAAGCCGCACGAGGAGUUGCUGUCCAGCGGAGUGGUUGUGGAGCACGAUGAGAGCAAUGGGCACGUGGCUUUCGUCUCCCACCAAUGGGUUGGGAAGGGCCAUCCCGAUCCAAGCUUCGAGCAGUUCAAACUCCUUCAGGAGGUUUUCAGGGAUCUUCUGUCCCAGACGUCUUACGUCCACCUCGAGACGGUGACGUGCCUCAUGUGGCCACUGAGAUCUGGCUUCUAUUCCCAAGCCUUGCAGAGCAGGCCUUUAUUCGUGUGGUACGACUAUUUCUCUGUUCCGCAGAGCCCGGCAGCAGCUGCGAAACAGCGUCAAACCAUUGACUGCAUCCCGGCCUUCAUCGCCCGGUGUCGCUUCUUCUUUGCCCUCUGCCCAGUCAUCGAAAGUGCCGCGCUUUCGGCAGUACUUUCGCCUUUCACGUGGGAGCAAAGAGGGUGGUGUAGACUAGAGAAAGUUUGUCGUCAACUCACAGCUGGAGACGGGUCCUGGAUCAUGAUCAAGAGCAGGAAGCACCUGGAGGUGAUGCCCACGGUUUCGAUUUCGGUCGGCAGUGUUAGUGUUGGCGAGGGCACCUUCACAGAUUCCAAAGACCGUGAUCAACUGGGACCAGUUUUGAAAACAGCUCUGAGGACCAAGUUGGUUUCUUUAAUGAGGGAUGGAAACAUUGUGGCGUUUCGCACGCUGUUGAACAUGCAGGCGUUUUUUCUCAGGGGCUUGAAUGUAAAACCUGCUGCUGACCUGGUUCCCGGUGCUACGCUCGGUACAGAUGUACAUCCGGAGUGGCUUCUGGUGGAUAGCUUCCUGUUGCAGAACGGUUUUCGGAAACUGGACGAAGUGGAUGGCACUGGUUGGUCGCCCUUGGCAUACGCCGUCCUCGGAGGAGAUCCGGAGGUGAUCCAGGCAAUGCUACGGAAGAGGGCCGACCCCUCCACAAGGACUCGUGCCGCCAAUGCUUUCCUCACUAUUCCCGGAAAUGCCUCCAUGGUCAGCAUCGCUGCUUUCUACAGCAACAACGAGGCUCUCCAGGUCCUGAUCGCUGCCAGAGCAAGCCUCGAGGCCGGGAUUGCGCCAGCACUGGUCACCGCAUCUGGAAAUGACAACACCGAGGGGUUGCGGAUCCUCUUAGCUGCAGGCUGCAACUUGCAGGCUCAAAAUGCAGCUGGCCACACGGCCUUUGAGAAUGCCGCACUGAGCGGAUCGCAAAAUGUGAUGCAGGCGCUUAUCGAAGCAGGAGCUACGUCGGCGCAGCUGACUCGCUCAUUGCACUGGGCAUGCUGGUUUGCAGGAGGCUCCUUCGAGAUGAUCCAGCAGCUGCUCUCCGCGCGAGCAGACGUGAAUAGCUCUUUUGCCGUGAAGCCUUGCAGUGUGAUCGGGGUCCUUUUCGGAGUGCUGAGCCUCCGGUAUCGCAUGGGCAGCCGGUCGUUCCCGGCGAGGCUCGGAUACCACAGCGAUGGAGCCACACCGUUGAUGUUGGCCAUCCUCUCUGGGCAAUACGAAGCCGCUACUGCUCUUGUCGCUGCUGGGGCGAGGAUGGACGUUUUUAACUCACGUCAUCGGCGAGCAGCUGACCUGGCACGUGAGAUGCAGGCGCCGGACUUUCUCAUGCAGGCAUUGGAACAAGGGAACAGUGCCGCCUGUGAAAGAAUUACCGCCAGCGCAGGAGUGCUGGAGUCUCACAUCUUUUGA